AUGCCGUCGAGAAAGAGAUUCCGACCUUUAGAGCAGCACCGAGGUCGAGGAAGGAGCCAGCAGGAAGGAGGUACCUGCCGCCCUGCCGCCCUGCCACACAGUGUCAAGAAGGUUCCCAUCUCGAGCAGAGGGUCUGAGCUAGCCAAAAUCGACCACCCGCAGGUGCAGAUCCACUUGAUGACCUAUGCGACUGCCAGUCAGAGCCAGGUAGUCAGGCCAGGCCGGGCCGCGCAAGGGCAGGGGUCCUGA